AUGCUCAAGAGCGGCAUCGCCCGUAGCUUGGGCAAGUCUGCCUUUGCCCGACCAUCCUUCACCCGACGCGCAUUCGAGCCUCUUCGAAGACAAGGUGUCCCUGCUAUUGCCAAACGAUGGGCCUCGACGGAAACUGCUGGUGAUGGCAAGAUCCAUCAGGUCAUUGGUGCCGUCGUCGACGUCAAAUUCGAUGGCGAGAGACUGCCUGCCAUUCUCAAUGCUCUCGAAACCGAUAACAAUGGCUCUAAGCUGGUCCUGGAAGUUUCGCAACAUUUGGGUGAAAACAUCGUGCGAUGCAUUGCCAUGGACGGCACUGAGGGUUUGGUCCGCGGACACAAGGCCUCUGAUACUGGCUACCCCAUCAGAAUUCCUGUCGGGGACGGCACCUUGGGUCGUAUCAUAAACGUUACCGGUGAUCCCAUCGAUGAACGAGGACCCAUCAAGGCUACAAAGCUUGCUCCUAUCCACGUUGACGCUCCCGAGUUCGUCGAACAAUCCACCUCUGCGGAAGUGCUUGUCACUGGUAUCAAGGUCGUCGAUCUCUUGGCUCCCUACGCUCGUGGUGGAAAGAUUGGUCUCUUCGGGGGUGCUGGUGUCGGCAAAACUGUGUUUAUUCAGGAACUGAUUAACAACAUUGCCAAGGCCCACGGUGGUUACUCUGUCUUCACUGGUGUCGGUGAGAGAACUCGUGAGGGUAACGAUCUGUACCACGAAAUGCAGGAGACUUCCGUCAUUCAACUCGAUGGCGAGUCCAAGGUCGCCCUGGUGUUUGGUCAGAUGAACGAGCCCCCUGGAGCUCGUGCUCGUGUCGCCUUGACUGGAUUAACGAUCGCUGAAGAAUUCAGAAGUCAAGGCCAGGAUGUGUUGCUCUUUAUUGACAACAUCUUCCGCUUCACGCAAGCCGGUUCCGAGGUGUCAGCCUUGCUUGGUCGUAUUCCAUCUGCCGUCGGUUACCAGCCAACCCUAGCCGUCGACAUGGGUGCUAUGCAAGAGCGUAUCACCACCACGAAAGAGGGUUCCAUCACAUCCGUGCAGGCCGUCUACGUGCCUGCUGACGAUUUGACUGAUCCUGCUCCUGCUACCACCUUCGCUCACUUGGACGCCACCACUGUGUUGUCUCGCGGUAUCUCUGAGUUGGGUAUCUAUCCUGCUGUCGAUCCUCUCGACUCGAAGUCUCGAAUGUUGGAUCCCAGAGUUGUCGGUCAAGAACACUACGACACUGCAUCCCGUGUUCAGCAGAUGUUGCAAGAGUACAAGUCGCUCCAGGAUAUCAUCGCCAUUUUGGGUAUGGAUGAAUUGUCCGAAGCCGAUAAGUUGACCGUCGAGCGUGCCCGUAAGAUCCAGAGAUUCUUGAGCCAACCUUUCACUGUCGCCCAGGUUUUCACUGGUAUUGAGGGCAAGCUUGUCGAUCUCAAGGACACCAUCUCUUCUUUCCAGAAGAUCAUCAACGGUGAAGGUGAUGACCUCCCGGAAGCUGCCUUCUACAUGGUUGGCGAUUUCGAGAGUGCUCGUGCGAAGGGUGAGAAGAUCUUGGCUGAAUUGGAGAAGUCAUAA